UGGGCGCGCGUUGAGCCCGGGCUCCGUCGCCAGCCGCUGGCCGAGCGCACACAGCACUGAGGAGGCAGCCGGCCCGGCCUGCAGGAGCGAGCCAUGCCCGGCGCCCGCGCUUAGCCGCUGCGCGGAGCGGCCAAGAGGACCAUGCCGCCCCCGGGCCGCGCGCCGCCGCUCGGGCUCCUGCUGGCGCUGACCGCGCUCUGCUGCCCAGAGACCUCGUGUCGAGGCGUGGCUGACAGCCUGCAGCGGUUCUCCUCACUGCCUACCUAUCUUCCUGCCAACUUCCACAUCUCAGAUGCAGAGGAGGCCUUCUUCCUCAAGGAGGCCAACCAGGACCUCAUGCGCAACACCAGCCUGCAGGCUCGGGCAGCAGCACUCUUCAUUCACAGAGCCCGGAGCCCCCCGGCCAUCAAUGCCAGCUACGGCCCCUUCUCUGUGGAGAAGACAGUGCCCUGGGACUUCCUCCUGACGCCCACUCCCUUUGGAACUGUGAAGAAAUUUCCCUUCAACUGGAGGCUCAAAUCCCACAUCCUUGACAGCUCCAUCUACUCCAACAGACCCAAAGUGCAGACUCUGUUCUACGUCACUGGCAUGGUCUGGGAUGACAGUGACCCCGGGGAAGAUCUUCCCUGUGUCAAGAUGUUUGCCUUCCCAGAGGCAAGGGAGGUGGCGGCCAGCUGCCGGUUGCAGGGGGCCCCUGGGCUGUGUGUGGCUGAGCUGGAGCUGCUGCCGGAGUGGUUCAGCUCGGGCCUGGACCUGGAGCCUGAGGAGGAAAUCCCAGCACUGCUGGGUGGCACUGCCAUGGAAUUGUUCUUUGCCCUCUACCCAGCCAAUGAGGCCGGCCAGUGCCCUCUGGAAGAUGAGGGCAAAUGGGAAAACAACAUCCAUUCAGAGCAGGAGGACCCCCAGCAGGUGUUCCCUGCCCGGGAGAGGAUUGGCAGUGUGGUGGUCUACCCCACGCAGGAUGACUUGCGGUGGUCCCUUGUGAGCCUGGAUGACAAUGUUGCCCUCUCCGUACCGCUGAACCUCAUCCGGGAAGGGGACACGGCCACCUUUUUGGUCUCUUUGACCAGCAGCUCUGUGGCAGACCAGUUCACUCUUCGCAUCAAGGCAGCUGCAGGUGUGAAGAUAACAGCUGUGCGGGUCAGCAACGAGGACCAGUGGGCAGUCCAGGAGGACAUAGAGCAGGAUGGCACCCAGACCACAGCUGCCCUGGCCUGCAUGGGCCAUCACCCUGACACACAGAGCAGGGCAAAUGGCUCCUUCUAUGAGAUCCUGCAAGUGGACUUUGGUGUCGACAACAGCAGUGGUUUGGCCGGGGCACAACAAAUCACCUGGCAGGUGGAGUACCCAGUGGAGGACUCCAUGAGUGAGCUCUUCGUCUCUGAGAUAUUCAUCAGCCAGACAAGCUUUGUGGGCAUCGUCCCUCUCGCCAUGGACACAGAAGUUUUGAACACUGCCAUUCUCACUGGAAAGCCUGUUUCAGUUCCAGUCAAGGUCGUGGGUGUUCAAGAAGAUGGCUCUGUGGUGGAUGUGUCGGAGUCUGUGGAAUGCAAGUCUGCGGAUGAAGACAUUGUGAAGGUCUCCAACACCUGUGAUUCCAUCUUUGUGAAUGGGAAGGAGAUGAAGAGCAAAGUGGGCACGAUUGUGAACUUCACCCACCAGCACUUCACCUCCCAGGUGGAGGUCACCGUGUGGGCACCCCGUCUGCCCCUGCAGAUAGAGAUCUCAGACACAGAGCUGAGCCAGAUCAAGGGCUGGAGGAUCCCAGUGGCCUCCAACAGAAGGCCAACCCGGGAGAGCGAUGAUGAGGAGGAUGAGGAGAAGAAGGGGCGUGGAUGCACCCUGCAGUACCAGCAUGCCCUGGUGCGUGUCCUUACCCAGUUUGUAGCUGAGUCACCUGACCUGGGUCAGCUGACCUACAUGUUGGACCCUGACUGGCAGUUUGACAUCACCGACCUUGUGACUGAGUUUGUGAAGGUGGAGGAGCCGAAAAUCGCCCAGUUACAGGAUGGCAGGACCCUGGCAGGGCGGGAGCCAGGCAUCACCACUGUGCAGGUCCUCUCACCUCUCUCUGACUCUAUCUUGGCUGAGAAGACAGUGACCGUCCUGGAUGACCGGGUCACCAUCACAGAGCUGGGCGUGCAGCUGGUAGCUGGCUUGGCCCUUUCCUUGCAGCCUCACAGAGUAGACAAGAGGGCCAUCAUAUCCAUAGUGGCUGCCCAGGAUGUUCUCCGAGCCCCACAGCAGGAAGCAAUAGUCAGCUCUUGGAUUUUGUUCAGUGAUGGCUCGGUAACACCUUUAGACAUUUAUGACCCCAAGGAUUUCUCUGUGACUGUCUCCUCCUUGGAUGAAAUGGUGGUGUCUGUCCAGCCAAACCUUCAGACCAGAUGGCCAGUUGUGGUUGCAGAGGGUGAAGGACAAGGGCCCUUGAUCAAGCUAGAAAUGAUGAUCAGUGAACCUUGUCAGAAGACCAAGAGGAAAAGUAUUCUUGCUGUGGGUAAAGGAAACAUUAAGGUCAAAUUUGAACCUGGUGUUGACCAGCAGCACGGAGGAAGCAAUGAUAUUGAGGGUGUCAACCGGGAAUACAAAGACCACCUCAGCAAUUCCAUAGAGCGAGAGGGAAACCAAGAGCGAGCAGCCCAGGAAUGGUUCCAACGUGGUGUACCUGUUGGCCAUGAGGAUAGGACCAACAAAAGCACAACCCCCCAAGUUCCCAUGGGAGGGAGGGAGAAGCUGCUCAAAGGUGGUGCAGACACCUUCACCAGUUUCCCCACACAAGGCAGAUUGCCGGAGCCCAAUAAUCCUGGUGACCUCACAAUGACCUCCAGGGGGUUAACAGACUUGGAGAUUGGCAUGUAUGCCCUGCUCUGUGUCUUCUGCCUGGCCAUCCUGGUCUUCCUCAUCAACUGUGUGGCAUUUGCUUGGAAGUACAGACACAAAAGAUUUGCAGUGAGUGAGCAGGGCAACAUCCCCCAUUCCCAUGACUGGGUCUGGCUUGGGAAUGAGGUGGAACUCCUGGAGAACCCAGUGGACAUUACUCUCCCCUCAGAGGAGUGCACAACCAUGAUAGACAGGGGGCUGCAGUUUGAGGAGAGGAACUUCCUGCUGAAUGGCAGUUCCCAGAAGACUUUCCAUAGUCAGCUGCUUAGACCUCCUGACUAUGUCUACGAGAAAGAGCUGAAAAACGAACCUAUAAAUUCCUCGGGCCCAAAGAGGAAGAGAGUCAAGUUUACUUCCUACACCACCAUCCUUCCGGAGGACGGGGGCCCAUACACCAACUCCAUCCUGUUUGACAGCGAUGACAGCAUCAAGUGGGUCUGCCAGGAUAUGGGGCUGGGGGAUUCGCAGGACUUUAGAGACUACAUGGAAAGACUGCAAGACCAGAUGUAAACUCCUUUCUUACGUUCGUAUUCACCUUUAUGCCUUCUGUUUUCUGAAUAGUGGAGCAAUGAGUCUGAUUAGCAAUAGGGGGUGGCUCAACCAAGUUUCCCGAAGAGGGGUCUGGAGGGGAUCCCUGUCUAACCAAGACGAGAGGUUGGGAGAGCUGAGGCAGCUGAGUUUUAAACGGGAAAUCCUGUGAGACAGUGACUUGUGCAGAUGGGAGGUAUUCAGAGAUAGAGCCCAGCAGCAACUCGGCGCAGUACGGUAAACGCAACCCACAGACACUGUUACUCACCUCGUGACCGAUGGCCGUGUGUAAUUAGGAAAGUUUCGGGUGGUGAUUUUUCUAUUCCUAGUCCUUUUAAAGCACAGUGGACAUUUAUUCCCUUUGACCUAAGUUGGGACCUCCGUGGUGGAAGAUGAUUGAAUGUAGCUUCCAUAGUUGUCAGGAGUGAGGCUUAUUAUUUUUAUAAACAUCUGCACCUGCACUUGUUUCUUUCACCGCUACAUUUUUUUUUUAAACAUGAAAAGAAGAGAUGUUUGGUUUUCAUGUGUGCUUUAUUCCUGGGGCUCAUGUCCCGUCAUUUCCCAGUCUUCCUGCAGGAUGUCAGGUUUUUUUCCCCUGAGUUUCCCUCACUGUUGUUUCGGAUGGUAUCAAAGCUAUACCAUCUUCUUGCUGUUGAAAUUUCUUGUCUAUCACAGGGACUGAGGUUUCACUGGAAAUGUUAGUCUCCCAGAAGGAAAGGCCAUUUCUUUAUUGUCUUCCACAGGAAGCGUAACAGAUUUGGAGAAAAAUUGUGUCACAAACAUUUAUUUUUGUCUCCUGCUUGUUGGUUAUUCUGGGGAUCUCCUGGGGUGCUGCAUUUCUAAGGGCAGAGAGACCCCAAUGUCACCAUAUGGAUACAAGUUCUUUGUGGUCAACACAGUGUAUUAUCCAAACUGAAACAAAAAAGCAGUUUAAGGGGCUGGAGAGAUGGCUUAGUGCUUAAGAGCACCUGCUG